UGAUCCUCCUCCACUGGCGAGUGAGUGAGGAGGAAAAGCAGCAGAAGGAAAACACUGCUGGUCGCACUGUUAACACCAUGGCUGCGGAGAUUCAUUCAAGGCCCCAAACCGCUAGACCUAUUCUUUUAAACAAGAUCGAGGGACACUCAGACGCUGUCAACGCAGCUGUUUUAAUACCUAAAGAAGAUGGAGUGAUCACGGUCAGCGAGGACAGAACCAUCCGGGUUUGGCUGAAAAGAGACAGCGGUCAGUACUGGCCAAGCAUCUACCACACAGUCUCCUCUCCAUGCUCUUGCAUGUCGUACCACCAUGACAGCAGACGCAUCUUCAUAGGCCAGGACAAUGGAGCUGUUGUGGAGUUUCUCAUCUCUGAAGAUUUCAACAAGAUGAACCACGUCAAAACAUAUCCAGCCCACCAGAACCGUGUGUCAGAUAUGGUGUUCUCCCUGGAGAGUGAGUGGGUGGUGAGUACCGGCCAUGACAAGAGCGUGAGCUGGAUGUGCACCCAGAGUGGCAGCAUGCUGGGGAGACACUACUUCACCGCCUGGGCCUCGUGCCUACAAUACGAUCACGAGACGCAGCAUGCCUUUGUUGGCGAUUACUCAGGACAGAUCACGCUGCUGAAACUGGAGAAGCAGACGUACUCCAUCAUCACUACACUGAAGGGUCAUGAAGGCAGUAUAGCAACCCUGUGGUGGGACCCUGUCCAGAGGCUGCUGUUCUCAGGAGCCUCCGACCACAGCGUCAUCAUGUGGGACAUUGGGGGCCGCAAAGGACGAACGUUACUGUUGCAGGGACACCACGAACGGGUUCAGGCCUUGCGUUACCUUCAGUUGACCAGGCAGUUGUUGUCGUGCUCAGCCGACGGAGGCAUCGCAGUGUGGAACAUGGACGCACAGAGAGAAGAGGCGCCCCAGUGGUUAGACAGCGACUCCUGUCAGAAGUGUGAGCAGCCAUUCUUCUGGAACAUCAAGCAGAUGUGGGACACUAAGACCCUGGGGCUCAGACAGCACCACUGCAGAAAGUGUGGCAAGGCUGUGUGUGGAAAAUGUAGUUCUAAACGCUCCACAUUUCCAAUCAUGGGCUUCGAGUUCCCGGUGCGGGUGUGUGAUGCCUGCUUUGAUACCAUCAAAGAAGAAGAUCGAACAGCAUUGGCUACGUUCCACGAGGGGAAACACAACAUCGCCCACAUGGACAUGGACCCAUCCAGAGGCCUGAUGGUCACUUGUGGAAGCGACCGCAUUGUUAAGAUCUGGGAUGUGACGCAGGUGGUUGGCUGUAGCUUAGCAACAGGCUUCUCUCCGCGCUGAUUGGCCCGGCCCACUACAUGAUCCGCCCACUCUUCCAAUGUCAUGGAAACCCCUCUGUACAGUAUAUCUCCCCAUCACGCCUGGGAUCUUCAGCUACAACCAGUCCUGCUCUUGGUGACUGUGUGACCGUGUGUGUGUGACCGCGUGUGAGAGCGUGUGUGAGAGCGUGUGUGUCUGUGUGUGGAGAUAGUGCAGCCCUCCACAUUCAUUUUGCUUUUCAUAACCAAUUGGUCUUUAAUUUCACUAACUUUCAGUCCUACAUGAAAGUGUGAGUGACAGAUUUUUUGACUGCUCUGAUCCGAAACAGAACCCUAAGCACAAAUGGUGUGUGUGUACAUGUGUGCAUGUAUCGUAAUGAUUUCUCCUUUGGGAGGAAUGGUAUUGAUAUUAGUGUUUACAUUAUAUUAAUAUUUCCAAUGCUUCUUUUGACAAAGGUCAUUUUUUUUAUUACUCUUGCACUGUAAAGUUAGGUUUCACUAAAUCCCUGACCUGCCAUUCCUGUAGAAACAUACACUAGCCUGCUUAUUAUUGUGGCCCACUAACUGCAUAUUACUCAGUCACUGUAACAUGUACAAAAAGACCCUGAUCAUCUGUAUAUACCCCUGCAUCAUGUGUAUACUAGAUAGUUGCUUGAAUUGACUCUCACUGAUCAAAGUGAUCAGCUUUUUCUGUCUUUUUUUCCUCCCUUUUUUAUUUGUUUUCUUUCACUAGUUGGCCUUAAAUUACUCUCAGGAGGUUAUAAAUCAGUAAGUUGUCACUGGGCGGGGGCUCUUCAUGUCAGUCGUAAACCAUUGUUAAUGUGUAAACAGUUGAGCGUGGUAGUAAAAUCAAUAGAACAGCCUCUUUUUUGAUAGAAGAAGGAAGUCCCUUGAUUUACACACGCAGAUGUUGCCAUAGAAAUGUUAUGUUCUUGUCAGAUGUUUGCAUGACAGCACUGACCCAGCCUGGUGAGGCAUGGGAAAUUUGAAUAUGUUCCCAUAGUGACAUGCACUGACCAGGCAUCAAACAUCUUGUCGCAGCCAUCCCGAGGUGCACCAGUCGAAUUACAAUUCAAUAUUUGAUUGGUGUAACUUCUUUUCAGCUUUCUGGGUUUGAGUCUCCAACUUUUAUUUUGGUAAAAACUAGUUUAGAAAAUAGCACAGCAUCACCACCUCCUAGAUAUUUAUUACUCUCUGUAAAAAACAAAAACAAAAUGUACUGACUGUGUAGGAAGAUACCACAUGGCACUGAUGGUGUAAACCCAAGAUUUUAAUGCCUCAUGAGAAUUUUUUGUGAUGCAAAAUUGGAUUUCCUCCCACCAGAGAGGCACUUAGGUACAGACAGGUACUCUAAACUAAAUGUAGCACUAAAUGCUGGCGUGUUGAAUCGUCCCCAGUUGAAUCUCGGGUCAGAUCAGGGCUGCCUGUGUUCCUUCAAAAGCCUUAAAAGAGAGGAGGACACACUCACAGAGCCUUUUUAGCGGUUUUCCAGUGCUUACGACUGUUCACUCACCAUCAUUCACUCUCGAGCACUCACCUCAUCAUGAAGCUCUGGAUGUCUCGUUUCCUUUUGUCCUUUGUUUUUGUUUCAAAUUGUGUUCCGAGCUCUCCUUCUUCCCCCACACAUCUGUGCAUCAUAACGCUCUCACCACUGCACUGAAUUGCACAACUCGUGGUCUUUGUCUUUGAAUUAAAAUAAAUCAUUUUUGUAAGUUUGGGAGGGGGUAAUAGCUGGAUUCGAUGUAGCGUCCUUGUAAAUAGCGGCUAGUAUCUUCUAAUGUUAGACUAACGCUUGCCUUAUUGUAAGUGGAAAAAUUAGCAUUAUAAUGUUGGAAUUCCUGAUCUCAAAAUGUAGUCACAUUCCAGUUUUUUGAUCAUGUAGUGUAUAUUUAUAUUUGUAGUAAAGUAUUUAUCUGUUAUCAUUGUAAAUGGUUGUUUACUUUUCUUUGUGCCCAUCUAGUAGUCUUUAUUUCCUAAUAACAAAGUACAACAUGUUAAGAACUCUGCAAUGAAGCACAUGGCCUGAGUAGUGUUGAGCUUGACUGCAGUCCCUAAAAGGGACAGAGUUGAUUGGUUAAUGAAGUGACAGCACUGUCAUGUGACUGCUAUUGUUUGCCAUCACCAAGACCUUACUCCAUGAUAUUUAGAUGUCACACAAUCAUACUUGGGAUUAGACUGAAAGCUAAUUCUGAUUCAAUUUGUCAGUAGCCAAUAUUUAGCAUGAAUAUGGUAUUAUGUUUAUUAUAUUAAAUCCAUUAUAUUUUA